AUGAGUAAAAUCGCGAGAUCGGUCAAGAACGUGACCAAAGGGUACAGUCAGGUUGAGGUCAAGGUUCGCAAUGCAACCAGCAACGACCCAUGGGGACCUGUAGGGUCUGAUAUGGCUGAGAUCGCUCAAAUCACCUUCAAUAGCUCGACCGACUUCUACCAGGUCAUGGACAUGCUCGACAAGCGCCUCAACGACCGAGGAAAGAACUGGCGUCACGUUCUGAAGUCGCUGAAGGUGCUCGACUACUGUCUCCACGAGGGCUCAGAGCUCGUGGUGACUUGGGCGCGCAAGAACAUCUACAUCAUCAAGACAUUGCGCGAGUUCCAGCACACAGAUGAGGACGGUCGCGAUGUAGGCCAGAACGUGCGAAUGGCAGCUAAGGAGCUGACCUCCCUCAUUCUCGACGAAGAGCGACUGCGCGCCGAGCGAGCCGACAGGAAAUCCUGGAAGUCGCGGGUAACGGGCAUCGAAGAGUACCCCGGUGGAGGGCACCACGGUCCAGACAACGGCGAGCGAUCAACGCGCCCGCGAAACGGUGAACAGCGCCGUAACCGUAGAACCGAAGAAGAAGAUCUCGAGCUUAGGCUAGCGCUCGAGGCAAGCAAGAACGAGGCAGAGGAGGAGAAGAAGCGUCGCGAACGCACGUCCAGAGUCGAAGAUACUGACGACGACCUGGAAAAGGCCAUUAAGCUGAGCAAGGAAGAGGAGGAGCUGCGCCGAAAGGAACUCGAACAGACCAACGCCGAUCUACUUUUCGGCGAAACCACCGCGCAGCCGAAUGCAUACCAGCCUACAGGCAACAACCAGGGAUAUCAGCAGCAGGGUCAAGUGGACUGGUUCGGUAAUCUCAUGGACCAGAAUCAGCAACAGCCUCAGAACACUGGCUUCCUCAACAAUGCGUACGCGCAACCUACCGGUAUGCAGCCUCAGCAGACCGGCUUCCAGAAUGGAUUCGGCGGCUAUGGUGGCUUCCAACAGCAACAGCCUACUGGCUUCGAUCAGUUUGGCGCCCAGCAGCAACAGCAGCAGCAAUACCUGCAGCCCCAGCACACGAUCCAGCCCCAGCAGACUUCGUUCAACAACAACCCAUAUGGUCAGUUUGGAGGCUUCGGUGACAUGGGCCAGCAGCAGAUGCAACAACCGCAGCAAGACCAAAAUGCGCUCCAGCCUGGUAGCCAUAAUCCGUGGGCAAGCAACCAGACCCAGGAGUCGCUCAAGCCGCAGCCCACUGGUUCCAACAACCCAUUCGCCCAGUCUUUCAACAAACCGCAGCCUACUCAGUCGUUCACACAACCAACGCUGAACACGUUGAGCGAACAGAAGACGCAGACCCAAUUCAACAAUACUUCAUUCAAUCCUCCCGUAUCCUUCGCAACGCAACAGACUGCGCAACCUCAGCAGCAGCAGCAGCAGCAGCAGCAACUUCAGCCGCCACAAAAAGAGAUGGACCCCAACGCCGCCAGACUCAAUGCACUCCUCGCAACAGGAGAAGGUCAAGAUACUUUCGGCAACGUUGGCAAUAUGCGUAUCCCAGCCCAACACACCGCCCCAGGCACAUUUGUCAACUCAGCUGGUUCAGGCUUGAACCGAGUGAAUGCCAACGCCACGGGCAACAACCCUUUCUUGAACUCUCAGUUCACAGGGAUGCCUCAGCAGAACCGUCUUGUGCCUGCGCAGACUGGUCCGGCGAGCGGCUUUGGUGCUAAUCCUUAUGGCAGCGCUAAUCCGUUUGGUGCUCAGCCCGGGCAGCAGCAGCAGCAGGGCCGACAGCCUGGUGCUAACAACCUGAUAGACUUAUAG